UAAUCAUUUUUCUCCUCUUCACUUAGGCUUCUAUUUCUGAAAUUCUGGGAAUCGGUCAUUUCAUGAGCACAAUACAAUUGUUUUUGAGCCUUCAAGAAGUCCCAGCCAUUUCUGAUGAAAAUGUCGCUGUAAUAGACACGGCUUUCAGCAGUGUUCCUGUUCGCAUAUACAUGCCCAAAAGGAAGUCAGAGACUCUCAGGAGGGGCCUGUUUUAUAUUCACGGUGGUGGCUGGUGUUUGGGGAGUGCAGCUCUUUCUAUGUAUGACCUUCUGGCAAGAAAGACAGCUGAUAGACUCGAUGCUAUUGUUGUGUCAACUGACUACGGCUUGGCCCCCAAAUAUCAUUUCCCACGUCAGUUUGAAGAUGUAUACAGUGCUUUACGAUGGUUCUUACAAAAGGACAUUCUUGAAAGAUAUGGCGUAGAUCCUCGAAGAGUUGGUGUAGCUGGGGACAGUGCUGGUGGGAACUUAGCUGCAGCUGUGACCCAACAGCUCAUACAGGAUCCUGAUGUCAAGACAAAACUCAAGGUUCAGGCCUUAAUAUAUCCUGCCCUUCAGGCUCUCGAUAUAAAUUUACCAUCGUAUCAAGAAGGUUCAUAUUUUCCAUUCUUAACACCCUCAGUGAUGGCAAGAUUUUGGAGUGAAUACUUUACUACAGAUCGAACCCUGGAGAAAGCCAUGCUUCUCAACCAACAUGUACCUCUGGAAUCCAGUCAUCUGUUGCAAUUUGUGAACUGGAGUUCCUUACUCCCUGAGAAAUAUAAGAAAGGUCACGUUUACAAGAGUCCUACUCCUGGUAGUUCUGAACUGUCUAAAAAGUACCCAGGGUUCCUCGAUGUGAAGGCAUGCCCUCUGUUGGCCAACGACAACACUUUGAGCCACUUACCUCUGACUUAUAUCAUCACUUGUCAGUAUGAUGUCCUAAGAGAUGAUGGACUCAUGUAUGUGACACGGCUUCAGAAUGUUGGAGUUCAGGUGACCCAUCACCACAUUGAGGAUGGGUUCCAUGCAGCAUUUACCCUUCAUGGUUUUAAAAUUGCACACAAGAUGCAAAACCAGUACUUGAGUUGGCUUAUGAAAAAUCUAUAGCAAAACCUUCUCAAUGAAUUGUUGAAGAUACAUAAAUAACAAAAAAAAGAAAUAAACUAGGAAAAACCAUGGUUUUGAGGUUUCAUAUCCUGUUUCAAACCUCUAUUCUUCCUAAUGAGUUGGUAGCUUCUGUGUUUUGUCACUGUUAUUUAUUAUUAAUAGACAUCUUUCUAUUUUAUCCCUCCUCCUGUAUUUACCUACAGAAACACACCUGCCAACCAGGGUUUUAUGUAGGUACUGACCAUUUAAAUCCAUGUACUCAUGCUUGUGAAGUGAUGGAGGUGGGUCUUGUAAUAAUAAAGAAACUGCCUCGGCCCUCAUAGGACAGAAAAUUAGGUAGGCGGAGUAGACAGAAGAGGAUGCUGGGAAAAAGAAGCUUAGCUGAGAGAGUUGCCAUGAUGCUCCCACGCCAGACAGACGCAGGUUAAGAUCCUCUCUGGUAAGCCAGCUCAUGGGCUACACAGAAUAUUAGAAAUGGGUUAGAACAAUAUAUAAGAGCUAGCCAAUAAGAAACUGGACCUAGCCGGGCCAGGCAGUGUUUGAAAGAAUACAGUUUCCGUGUAAUUAUUUCUGGGUAUAAACUAGCCAUGCGGGCGGCCGGGUGCCGGGGACGCAGCCCUGCCGCUCCUAUUUCAACAGUGAAGCAGGUACGUUACCCACUGAGCCAUGUGUCCAGGUCCAGAUUCCAUAACAAUCCCACAGUGCACUUUUACUAUCCAUUGCCUUCACAUAUUUAUGAUUCUAACAGUAGACUGGGGGUUCUCUACCUUGUUUGGCUUAGAUUGUUUUUUCAGUAGACAGCAGCCAGUAGAGAAAUCCAUAAUUAUUAAUGUAUUGAGAAUAAGAAACUCAAAUAUAAAUCUUAAAUAGGGCAUGUUAUCAUCCACAGCACACAAAGGCUUUGGAAACAUCAUGAACAAAAAGCACAAAGAACAUUACAUAUGGAGGAUAGAGAGCACUGCUGUGGAUGCUGUCUUCUGGCCAUAACCGUAAUGUCUCAAGCAUCAUCUCAUACAUAGCACCUGUGGUUAUGUACACAAGGCCUAGAAAAGAUCGAUCCAGACAAAAUCCUAGCAAUGAACAUUGGCUGUGAGAAAAAAAAUAAAAGAAAUCUUGUUUUUCACAACUUUAAUUAACCUAUAGAAAGAUAUUCUAAGUGUAAUAAACCAGACACUAAAGAUGAUUGACUAAAUAUGUGGCCAAAAAAUCAAAUUCAUAGGAACAGUGAGUAGGAUGAUGGUUCCCAGGUGCUGGAAGGAGACAUUGGGGUAGAUGAUGUGCGAGGAUAUGUUAAUCAAAGAGAAAAACUUUUGGCUAAAAAAUUAAUGAGGUAUAGGAAUCUGAUGUAGGAUGUCCUUCUGUAUAUAUGGUGCUUUUUUUGGUUAAUGAAUAAAGCUGCUUUGGCCUAUUGCA